AUGCCCACUGGAGAGCCCGAGCCGCCUGAUGGCGCUAGAAACGGCCUCUCUGUGCUGGGCGUUUUACCACGCCUUAGCGAGAACUACGCCGUGCCCAUCGCUCAGCCGCCGCCUCGUGAGCCGUCACCAGAAUGUGUGGUAGGGACUGUUUAUCCGUUCGAGCCGCCAGACUCACCCACGGCGUGGGAGCCACAUCCUGACAUAGAAUUAGUUCCCGGAGGUGGCGAGGGCUCGUCAAAGCCGCCUACAGCUUCGCCAUCGACGAUCAGCACCGCGCUCGUGAAGCGACCGCGUGUGGGAGCUACGUACAAGCAGCAGACGCUCUGGGGCGCCCCGCCUCCCCAAAACGCAACUUCCCACAAGCGCCCUGCUCCUUCGGCCGAUCCGAAGCCACCCACCGCUCUGGCAGAUGCUGAGUAUGAAUCGGUUAAAAAGACAUUUGAGGGUCAGUGGGCAGGGAGCUUUAACUGGCUACGUUUGCUCCGCAUGUCUAACGGUCGUCCUUCUCUGAAGUGUGCGAUUUGUGUGAAGCAUGGAGAUCCACUUGCGCACACCGCGUACGGUGCGAAGGGUGAGGGUGCUCGGGACCUCCAGAUCGGCAGCAUCCGCACUCACACCUGCUCCCGUGCACACAGGCAGGCGUUGGAGAAUGAAGAGAAGGCGGAGGCGGAGAAGGCGAAGCAGGUCACUAUCACACGAUGGCAGGGCACGGACGCUUCCACUCGUCACAUCAUUCGGCUCCUCCACAUCGCGCACUUUGUCUGUAAGGCCGACGCACCCAUAGCGAUGUUCGUCCCGCUGUGUUGGUUUCUCGCGAAAGAGGGGUUACCAGACCUGCCGCCAGGUGGUGGCUCCGGCGCAUACUACACAGAGGAGGCACUCGCAGCCAGUGAUGCUGCUGAAGAGGUACCUGAGCUGUUGAUGAUCGACGAUGUCGUGCGCGCCUUCGCUGACCACAUCGGCCGCAGCAGCGUGGACUACGCGAAGUUUCAGGAGUUGCAGCGGAUCUUCUGCCAGACGAAUCUCGAGGCGCAGGGGAUUAUCGACACACGAUGGCUCGCCCGUGGUGAAGCGAUACAGCGCCUGCUCGACGUACUCCCUGCGGCCAUCGUGGUGAUGAAGGAUUACAAGGCGGCUUUGUACGAGGUGGUUACCUCGUUCAAGUUCAACUGGCUCAUCCGCUUUCUAGCGGAUGUGCUUUGGGAACUGAACUGCCUUAACCAGCGCUUCCAGCAGCGCCAGGUAAGGGCCUUUGUUGCUGUCGUCUAUGUUGUCGCAUGCAAGCAAGUGUACUAA